AUGGAAAAAACACUACAAGGAAAUAAUAAUAGAGGCUAAGCUCAUUCAUCUAAUGAUAGCUAUGAAGUUUCGAGCAAUUCCAACACAAAUACUUUCAGAGAUACAGAGCUAGAUGAAUUUGAAGCAAGCAAUCUUAUGAAGAUAUAGAGUUUAACAUCAAUUAUCAAUGAUCCAAAGAGUGACACUUUCUAUAAGUAAUUGUCUGCGUUCAUUUAAAAACCUGACUCCUUUGGCUUUAAGUAAUUGAAAGAAAGCUAAAUUCCUGAUUCAGCUUUUGAUAUUUACAAAGAAAAUCAUGACAGAACUUAUCAGGAAGAUCAAACUAAGGGCAAUAGCACUAAGAAUAAAGUCUAGACUCCUCUAGAUCCAAAUUUGAAGCAGGUGCCUGACGAGUUUUUCGAUGAAAACUUUAGAUUGAAUAAACCAUUUUUCCAAAUUAGUAGCAAUGAUAGUGCACUGAAAUAUAAUGAAAGUCUUGCUAAAUACUUAGAAAUUAUUGAGUCGAAUUUGGUUCGAAAUAUUUAGUCAAACUUUGAUUUCUUUACAGAUGCAUUCAAUAACUUUGAUGGAAUGAAAGACGAUCUAAAGAUGAUAUCAUAGAAGGCAUAAAAUAUGAAGAUGCAUAAUGAGAAAAUAAAGGCUUAAAAUUUAUAAAAGAUGCUCAAAGUUUAUCAUUUAUAAAGACAAAAAAGUAAUAUAGCGAAAGUAAAUGAAAAAUUGAAAUACUUAAGUCUUCUGAAAUAAUCCUUACCUGUCAUAGCAAAUCUAAUUGAUAGUGGUAGCAAUUUCGAGGUAGUUCUAGAUUUGAUUUAGAACUCCAAUGAACUUAUCGACAAUAAACUAGUAUAUAAAUAGAGGCUAAAGGAGUUUAAUUUUAAAUGUAAAAAGCGCCUUGAAAGUGAGUGUCUAAAUCUUAUUGAAAUGUACUUGAAUUCCAGAAUAUAAUUUAUAAAGCCAAAUAUCACUGAGGAUUACAAACAAAAAUUCAAUUAAAAUCUUAAAUUUUACUUUGAUGCUGAGAAAGUUUUAUCAAAAGUGGGUCUUGAAUUUAUCCAUCGAAACUGGACUAUUAAUUUUGAGGACAACUAUAUAAUGAAUAAUGCAGUAACCAGCCCUGCAGAAGUGAAAUUUAAGAAAGAUGUAUUCAAAUAUAUUUCUGAAUAAAGUGAUCAAAAUAUUUACAACUCUUUUAUGCUACUGGGAAUUCUUCUCAGUUAAAUUUUAAGUUCACUUCAAAAUAUGGAAAGAAUAGUAAAAGAUACUGUCCUUAAUUAUUAGAGGAAUUACUUGGAAGAGAGAGAUCUUGAAAAUAUUUCUAAUAAAGAUAGAAAACUAAUUGAGAGAAAACAUGACCUAUUUCUCAAAAACGUAGUGGAUGAGUUUUAAGAUACUUAUAAUAAAGUUAAACAGUAUUUCACUACAAAACUUGAAAAGAACUGGAAAAGAAUAAAUGAAAAAAAUUCAACACUCAAAAUAAGCUCUGAGGAUUUCUAGCAGCAACAUUUCUUUAUGAUGACUUUGAUAGACAACUUAAAAGCACAUUUUAAAAUAAAUCCUAUAAAUAUAACUUCAGUCUCAGAAGAGUAUUAGAAAAAAUUUGUGUUAGAUUUUAAGUCCAAAAAGACUGAUGAACUUAAAAUGCUUCUUGAUAAUGAGCUUUGGACUCAUUCAUAAGUGAAUCCAUUCUUUUAGAUUAUAGUCGACAAAAUAAAUUCAAUAGAGCUAUUUGACUAACCUGAUUAGGAGCAAGACUAACAGAAUUAACUGCAACCAAAAGAUUCUCUCUCUACUCCAGAUUGUGAAUAUAAAAUUGUGACAUCAUUAAUAAAAUUCAUUCACAUGGUGUUUGAAUUUUUGAGAAUUAUUAGAAAUUUCCCUCAAGUAUCAUUUGAAGGAGCUUCUCGCCUUAUUGAGUUCAUAAAGUUUUACAACUCUGUAACUUGCUAGUUGAUUCUUGGAAGCGGGGCAUUUUACUAGAAAAAGCUUGAAAGCAUAACAGCAAAGCAUUUAAGCUUGACUGCUAAUUGCUUGUGCUUUGUUCUUGAUGAAAUACCGUUUAUAUAAUCAUAAGUGGCUAUAAAUCUUAAUGAGAUUCAUUUGAAACAUAUUGAUGCAGAGUUUGUGAAGCUUUCAGAGGAUUUGAAGAAUCAUAAAAAUGGCAUAUUUGAAAAAUUGUAGCAAAUGGUUACUGAUAGUAUUCAAGACAAUUGUGAUGAAGCUAAAGGAAAAAUAGAAUGGGAUAAAUAAUUAGAAAAAGGUGAUAAAGUAGCGGUCAAUCCAUAUAUCUAAAGCAUCUCAAAAGAUGUCACAAACAUGCAUAAGGUCUUGUCAGGAGUUUUGCCAAAGCAUAGUAUCGAAAUUAUUUUUGGGCAGAUAUUUAGAUUUUUAAUGAAAACUUUCGAUGAUUUCUAUGCUUCUGUUAAUACACAAACUAAAUAUGGAAAGAGUAGAAUUAAGGUGGAUCUCAAGUACUUUUAGAAGAGUUUGAUGAAUCUUAAAUUCGAGGAUGAAAACCUGCAAUCAAUGGUGAACUAGAAGAUAAAUACAAUUCUCACAGCAAGAUGUGGCAUUAAGAAUGAAGAGAGUUGA